AUGAGUAAUAAGACAAACAGUGAUUUUGAAGAUUUCUCCUCAGAUGAUGAAAAUGACCAAAAUAACGUCUUGAUUCAGACCAAGAAGAAAGUUGCCAGUAAGGAUGACGUCUUUAGCAAAAAGGCAGAUGACAUUGAAAGUGAGAACGACCUAGAGUCAGAACAUGAACAAGACCUAGAACAUGAACCUGGACAAGACCUAAACCAACAGAACGGAGGCAAGCUCGAGCGAGAGGAAAAAGAACGAGUGGUUGAGGAUGAGAAGGAGCAAUCUUUGCCUGUUUCUGCACUAGAUCUCAAGACGGAAAAAUUGAGGCAACUGGUCAAAUCAAAGGCUGCCAAGAAGUCCAAGCACAAAACCGGCGUGAUUUACUUCUCCAGUAUUCCUCCCUACAUGAAGCCUGCUAAGAUGAGACAAAUAUUAACACGUUUUGGUGAGGUAGAUAGACUAUUUUUAAAGAAAGAGGAUGACCAAAAGCACCAACGAAGAGUUAAAGGCGGUGGUAACAAGAAAAACAAAUACGAAGAAGGCUGGGCUGAAUACAUUAGGAAAAGAGACGCCAAAUUGUGCGCAGAGACAUUGAACGGGAACAUCAUUGGUGGAAAGAAGGGUACCUUUUACCACGAUGAUAUCCUGAAUGUGAAGUACCUCCCAGGUUUCAAAUGGGCAGACUUAACUGAGCAAAUUGCCCGUGAAAAUGAUAUCAGACAAGCUAAGUUGGAAAUGGAAAUCUCACAGGCUAACAAGCUGAACGCAGACUUCAUAAGAAACGUAGAGCAAAGUAAGAUGAUACAGAACAUAAAGAAGUCCAGAAAGCGUGCUGGAAAAGAGGAGCCCGCCGACUCCCACCCACGCAGGGAAUUCAAGCAGCGUCGUGUGGAAACCAGCCGUGCCAACGCCCCCUCUGAAAUCAAGCAGCAAUCAUCCAAUUCCCAAGACUUGGGUAACGUCCUCACCAGCUUACUAUAG